AUGUCGUAUAAGCCCGAGUUGGAUGGAUUGACGUCCCUCCAGCUGAUCCUCAAAGCUGCUCGGCUGGGCGGCAUGAUUCGGGGCGGCCAGGAGACGGGAUAUUACAUGUUGGAUACUUGGUGGUUCAACGAUUACUUCGUUACGCUGCCGAUGCCAGUCUCAGAGGUACUCUACCACGAGCUGCGGUUCUAUAGAGAUCCCAAGGAAGCCCAAAAGGACGAUUCAAAGGCGGAGGCUACAUGUGUGUUGUGGGAGAAACUUCAUGCCUUUGUCGAAGUACUUAGCAGGUCGUUAAAGGUGUUGGAGGGUUUAGACAGCAAAACCGAGGAGAAACUGCUACCUGACAGUCCACACUGA